AUGCAUGCUGACAAAACAAACUAUGAAUAUCAACUGGAACAGGUCCUUACGGCACUAGACUCGGAUCGGGACAACACUGCGCUGCUCAACUUGAAAAAAGAUCUGCAAGAUGCCAUCAAGCUUUCAAAAGAGCUGGCGCCCAAAAAGCGACAAGCUACCACUCAAAUAGAAAAGGGCGUUGAAAAGAGGCCGGUUCCGGAACAAGUUCCAAAGGCCGAAGAAUGUGUCGCCACGGAACCAGUGUGCCUUCAAAUUGGAGAAAAAUGUCAAAUCCGGUCCGAAGGUGGCGGAUGGCUUGACGCAACGCUCUCUUCCAUUGGCAAAAACAGGACACGAUGGAUUGCAAUUACUACUAAGACAAAUGAAACGAAAGCGGUCUCUUUGAAAGACAUUAGGCCGAUGCCAGAACACAGGGCAGCGCCGAUUUUGCAGCUAUUGCCGCUUGGUGGAGCACAGCUGACAACUGCCUCAAACCCCCCAACCCAAAAGGAAAAGGAGAAGAGGAUGAAAAAGGUUGCGGCGCGCCAGGAAUACCUUGCCCGAAAGGAGGCCGAACACGAGCAAAAAGCCUCCGCUUGGGCCACGUUCCAAUCUAAGCUUUCAAGAAAAACCAGUGCCAGCCUAUUUAAACCCCCAAGAGCCAAUGAUAAAAAAUUUAAUUAA